CUCAGACUUCAGACCCUCCACCGCAAUGUGUUGUUGUCUUCGACCCCACCCCAAUAAUUUGCUCUGAAUCAGCACCUUUCUCUUGUCUCCCUAGUCUCUGAGCUUCUCUCUCCUGCCGUCCUGGGCCCGCCAUCCUUAGGGGCUGCCCAAGUUGCUAGGCUCCUCCUCGUUCCUCUCCCGCCCCGGACCAGCAGCCUUAAUUUCAGAUCAUGCCUGGAGCGAAAUCCGUCCAGAGUCCCGAGGAAGGGGGCGUCAGCAUCACUGAAGCCCUUAUCAUUAAGCGAAACUUGACCUUCCCUGAGGAUGAGGAACUGUCAGAAAGGAUGUUUCAUACUCUUGCUGACCUGCAGACUGUUCGCCUGGACCGAGAGGGGAUUACCACCAUCAGGAACUUGGAGGGCCUCCAGAACCUUCACAGCCUCUACCUGCAAAUGAAUAAGAUCCAGCGAAUUGAGAACCUGACUUGUGUCCCCUCCUUGCGCUUUCUGUCUCUGGCAGGAAACCAAAUCAGGCAGGUGGAAAACCUCCACGACCUCCCGUACCUCCAGUUUCUGGACCUUUCUGAGAACCUGAUAGAAACCCUGAAGCUGGAUGAGUUCCCCCAGAGCCUCCUCAUCCUCAGCCUGACUGGAAACAGCUGCACCAAGCAGGACGGCUACCGGAGGCAGGUAACAGAAGCCCUGCCACUGCUGCUAGACCUGGAUGGGCAGCCCGUGUUGGAGCGCUGGGCCUCGGACGAGGAGGACGGAGCCUCGGGCAAUGAGGACGAGGAGUUCCCAGAACUGAGUGGCCCGUUCUGUUCAGAGCGAGGCUUCCUCCGGGAGCUGGACCAGGAGAUGGGAAGGCACAAGGAGCACAGGCAGCAGGUGGCCCUGGCAGAGCAUCUGCUGCGGAUGGAGAUGUGGCCCACCCUCACCGACCUGUCCCUGCUGCCUGGGGCGCCCAUGGCUGGUGACAGCAGCCCUUCUGUCACUCCCGGACAAGGGAAGGAGAUACCCUCUGAGGCCACCUCCUCACUCUGGGCCUCCUCUCCCACCACGAAACCGUGCCCUCUGGUUCCCAGGGGUCAGCAAAGUUCUGUCCAGGCCACAGAGGGGGCCCGAGCAGUUGUGGCCCCCACAGCCUCUGCGAUCGGGGCCCUCAGCACAACCAAGACCACCACCAAGAGAAUCAAGAAAUGAUUAUCUCUCGGCCCAUCUAAACAGGCAGAAAGGGACCAGCCCCCUUCUCAGACCCCUGGCCCGUGGCAAGAGCCCAUUCCCAAUAAAAUGUCUCUGGGCCCUGAA